UUUUUGCGCAACAGCCCCAGAGUUGCUCCACUCCUGCACAGUCAACACGGAACCUGUGACCCAGCAGAGAUGGCCGGGUUAAUGGAAGAUGAGGUUUUUAAGGCUUUCUCCACCUAUGCUGCUAUUGUCAUUCUGAAGAUGAUGCUCAUGGGGCCCAUGACUGGAUUCUACCGCCACGCCAGAGGGGCGUUCUCUAAUGAGGAGGAUGUGAGCGGAAAGUCUGCAGAGGAGAAGAAGAAGCAGCUGAGAACCCAUCCAGACGUGGAGCGUGUUCGAAGGUGUCACCUGAACGACCUAGAGAACAUUGUCCCCUUCGUGAUGGUCGGUCUCCUCUACGCCCUGACUGGACCCGAGCUGUCUUCGGCCCUGCUUCACUUCCGCCUCUUCGCAGGCUCGCGCAUCUUCCACACGGUCGCCUACGUCGGUGCUCUGCCUCAGCCCAGCCGGGGUCUGUCCUGGAUUCUGGGCAUGCUGGUCACCUUCUCCAUGGCUUACAGGGUGCUCAGCACAGUUCUCCUCCUGUAGUCGCGACGCUGGAAACAGUAGACCUCGACCUCGGCUAUUCAAAUCUUUAUCCCUACAGGAAACCUGAAUGUGAAUUGUUUUUAUUGCUUUAAUUUCACUUUUGCUAAAUCUUCGUUUGCUCACCAUUUAUUCUUUGACUUGCUGAAACUAUGGAUGGAAAAAAUGCAUUUUCAAUAAAUUUUUCUAUC